AUGGCUGAAUACUGUCAACACAUGAAGCUGCUUUAUGAUCAACUCAUCAGUCUCGGGUCCACCGUCUCCGAAAACCAACUGGUUCUUCAGAUUCUCACCGGCUUAACGGAUCAGUGUGAGAGCAUCUCUCUCAUCCUACAGCAAACACUACCUCUUCCAGAUUUUUACAACACUCGGUCGCGUCUAUGCCAAGUUGAAGACCGAAAGACUGCACAAGCAAAACUCUCGGCUCAAUCGGCCGGCACUGCUCUUCAUGCCACCACAGAACCUGCUUGUGCAUCUCCUAACAGCCGCACUCACACCCGAACCAACAACAAUUCUGAACGGGGACGUGGUCGAGGUCGUGGCCGCGGUCGUUCCUCCUAUGGACGCGGCGGACGAUAUCAGCACCAGCAAAAUUAUUGGCCGCCACCACCACCAUGGUACUCAUCUCAGCCGCCCAUGAACUAUUGGACCCAGUGGACCCCACCACCAUGUCCCUACCCGUCCAACCCAAGCCCAACUAAUGCACCAUCACCACAACCUUCUACUUCGGCCCAGGGACUUUUAGGCCCAAAACCAGCAGCUUCUUCUACGGCCCAAACAUAUGCGACUGGCUAUUCUCUAACCGACAUUGCCCAAGCUCUUUACAACUUGGCUCUUCUCAACAAUGACUCAUCAUGGACCAUGGACACCGGUGCGUCAGGUAACAAUGUCUCUUCAAUUUGA